AUGUCUACCAAUUCUCAGUCAAAAUCUACCUUCGUGACUCGCCUACCCCGUGAGGUACGGGAUGCCAUAUAUCUAGAGCUCUGGCGUUUCAUUGGCCUUCGGCAGCACGUUGUCUCUCAUCGCAAUCAUGAAAAUGCCGAUCCAGAACACCCUGAAUGGCAUUUCUGCCGCUACAGAUGUGUGACCGACUUCGAGGUAGAGGACCAACUACAGCAGGAGGUCGAAUUGUUACGAAUCGAACAGAACACUGAACCAAUGAGCCUGAUCCACAACAUACCCUACCAGAAGCAGCUCGCCUCACCUUGGCAUAACCACUGGGCAUACGGGGAGGAAAUAGAAAAGAUUCACGGUGAAGAAGUUGUCAUGACCCGCAGCACUUCGGGGUUUGGGUGUUGGAAGCCACCAGUUCCUCGGCCGAAGCCUCGCGGGAAAUUGAGGCGAUUUCUGGGCAAAUUCAAACAUAGGGGAAGCCAAUCUCGCACUCCUGGACUUGACUUAAGUCCUUACAUUCCAAUGCUGCUGUCAUGCAAGCUGCUGUCGUCGGAGUGCCUCAAGUCUCUCUAUGAGUCCACCACAUUCGUGUUCACCGAUAUCGUUGCUCUACAGAGAUUCAUCGGGGUGUGCCAACCAAAUGCAACUGGAGAGGUACGCACAGAUAAUGAAAAUAGGCCGGCCGGAUUUCUCAAAUAUGCCCGAAACCUUGAGUUGACGCUCACCCCGGUGUUCUAUCUCGAUGUACCGUGUUUCAUGGCACAUGAUAUACAUCCCGCGGAAGACUUCCACAAUCCAUACGACUUCCACUGGCUUAAACUUGGCCAAUUUGAAAAUCUCACCAGCAUCAAAAUGUGGGUUUCAGCUCGGGACUUUCGAUUACACGGCCACGCCUCUGCCAUAAACUGGGAAACAAUAGACGAAUUGGGCGUCGAGGGUCUAGUAAACUUCUUCUCGUUCUUCGCAAAUCUACAAGAACUUCUCGUGAGCACCCCCUCGGGGAGGAGAUCGAGCCCGAAGACGGGUUUGUCGAGGGGAUUACAACCCAGCCCAGCCACAAGAUCUGGAAAAGAGGGACAGGCGAUGCUUUCCACCCGAACAUGGAGUUUACUUAUGGAAUGA